AUGAUCGCAUCUAACUUUGAAGCCCCGCGCGCCUGUGGCAGUUGUGACAGUGGCUGCGAUGACUCAUGCUCCAACAACUGCGCCACCUGCACGGGAGGCUGUAACUUGGGCAAGACGCGAUGCAACUCCUGCAAUUGCCGCGCUGGACACUACUUUCAGGGGGGUAACAGUCAUAACAUUGCCAACAGUGGGUGUCGAGAUUGCACAGCUGGAAAAUAUCAAGAUCAGACAAGCCACUUGUCACGCUCUUGCAAAGACUGUGCAGCAGGCACAUCCAGUGGUAGCACGUCGCGCACGAGCCCGUGUCCAACCUGCGCCUCGGGUACCUUUCAACCGUCCACGGGCGCCACAUCAUGCCUGUCAUGCUCCGGUAGCGGCACCAAGUGCAACACGGGUCGCUACACCACUGGUUGUGCAGGCACUUCCGCUGGAAGUUGCACGGCAUGUGCAACCAACUACUAUCAGUCUCAAAACAGUGUAUACAAGACGGCCUGCACACGGUGCUCUACUUGCAAUGCCGGUCAAUUCUACACGUGCAACGCCAACUCAGGACUUGCAUGCACGGCAUGUGGAGGCGGCACAUAUCAGUCUUCCGACGCCCACCGCAGCACCAGCUGUUUGGCUCAAAACACAUGCGGAGCAGGCUCUUAUUUUUCGGGUAGCAUCUUCUCGGCCGGCUCGUGCACCACUUGCAAUUACGGUACCUACAUUGCCACCUCUGCCCACCGCACUACCUCAUGCACGCCGUGGCCCACCUGUCCGGCCGGCACCUUCAAGUCUGGAGCCACCACAAGAAGUGGUGGCUCGUGUGCCGCAUGUGGCAGUGGAACUUUUCAAACUACAAACAGUCACAUCCUGACGUCUUGCUCUUCUUGCGCCGCCACGGGCAAGGUCUGCGGCACUGGCCAGUAUCAAUCGGGUUGUGCUGGUCCAUCUGCUGGUGCCUGCUCCUCCUGCCCAGCCAACACCUAUCAAGCCUCUUCCUCGCACCGCCUGGCCAGCUGCACAAACUGCAGAACGUGUGGCAAAGGCCAGUAUCUUGCCAAUUGUGCUGGUGCCACUGGCCCGGGCAUUUGUCAAGUGUGCAACUCAGGCACCUAUCAGAGCCAAACUGCACACCAAGAACGCACCUGCCCAUCCUGCGCUUCCUGCAGUCCGGGCUAUUAUCGUGACGGUUGCGGUGGUGGAAGCGCAGGAACCUGCGUUGCCUGCGCGAGCGGAUUCUACCAAAGCCAGCAGACAUACGCUACGUCUUGCUACCCAUGCCCUGGCUGCCCGAGUGGCUACACCCGCACUGGCUGUGGGGGCUCCGCAGAGGGCACCUGCGUGGGUCUAGUCUGCCCCGCUUUGCCCGCAGUCAGUAGCGCCGUGCUCACGUACAGCAAUUCAGAGCGACGCUAUCCCGUUAUCGCAACGUUUGCGUAA